AUGGCACUUCAUCGCGGCAUUCAAUCCGCUAUAUUCUACUACCUGGCCUGCACGCCGUGUGCAGAGAUCCGCUACAAGAAGAGGCGAAAGCAGGAGGCUAAACAGAGUCGGCGGGAACGACAGCUGCUGGAAGAGGAGAAUCCGAACCACUACCGCCAUCCCUCCCCCUCGUCUACGAACCCGCACUGGCAGGUGGAUAUUGCACUGGGGCCGACGUUGACGGUUCGUGGGAAGAGAAGGACCAAUGGCGGGGACGGCAGUCGUGGACGCAAGGCCAGCCGAUACACCAACAACGACAGCGCGGAGCCGAGCUCGGUCGACUUGGCGGGGCAGAAUUCCGUGGACGGUAGGAACGAUAGCAAUUGGAAUACUCGUCCUUAUCAGCGAGAAGACGAAGAAUUAUGGGGUUCAACGACCAACUUCGCAGGCUCGAUUUAUGGAGACAGCCUGAGGAGACCACCCAAGGCGUACACCAAAGGAUCACAUCAGUUCCGAAACCCCGAAGUCAAUGCGAUGCAUCCGGCAACGGUCACGACGGUCAGUUCGAGGGAAGAGGCGAUGUGGAUGAUGCAACCGCCUCCGGUGGCAGAAGUCAUGAGUGGAAAGAAGCGAGCUCCGAGGAGCCGCAGUGAUAGUGGAGCUAGUCGGUUGAACUCUUCCAGUGUGCCAUCAUCACGACAGCUUAGCAGUCGCUUAACGCAGCAUAGGGCACCUUCAACACCCAUGUCGCGCGAAUGCUCCAGUCAGGCUUCAAACGGAUCCACUGGACAGCGCCACGAUAGAAGCGCAACCACCAGCGAACGAGACUUUGCCAUAAGUCCGAUCCAAACUGAGCCGAGAGUGAGGAGAAAGCCACCGCCGAUACAGAUCGUACACGACGAUUCCAAGGAGUCACUUGUGACUGCUGUGCGCCUGCCAUCGAUUGCUCCGUCGGAAGCAGCCGGAAAUCCUCAACAAGCUACAAGGACUGCGCCUCGUCCUCAACUCUCGACGAUUGCAUCUGACAACAGCGUUCCGGAUGGCCUGAGACCCGGGUCCCGAACCCCUCCGCGAUCGAGCAAGGAGAAUAGCCAUCCGGGUAGCGCCGAUGAUUUCUUGCGAGACAAAGAUGGAUCUCUACCGCCUCGCGCCGCUGUUGUGUCGAGCGGGGCGCCCAUCAAAUUCGAACUCGCGCCUCGAUCCAUCAAUGGCAAGGUCAUCCGGACGACAACAGCGCCUGAUGUUAGGGAGGGCGUGGGGAUCCGAUACGGAGGCCACCAUAAGUACCACGACAGCGAGGAUGAUUUCCUGAGCAUACGACCGGAGUUGAUUGAUAGCUGGUACACGCCGGACUUUGAAUUGCCCAAGUGGGUUCAUGAACACACGAAGCGGGAAGUGAAGCAGCGAUGGUCGAUGGAUCUUUGA